AUGUGUUCCCAAAAUGACUUGGAGGGCCAGGCACCCAAUCCACUGAAUCCCGAGUUUUUUGAUCUUUUAGAUCAAGAUUUUAUCGACUACUACAACAAGCACCUAGCAUGGAUGCCUAAGACGCAUUUGUUAAGCAUCGAAGAGAUGAGAAAGAAUGGGCAUAAAUACGCUUCUCCUUGGUGUCGAGACUUUUCUAAUGAAGAAUUUGUUAAAGACAUCAAGCUCGCCGCAGAUGAUGGCUAUCUUUUCACAGCAAGAUGUUAUUAUCCUGACGAUAAAAAGUCGACCUUUGGCAUCGGUCCUUACCCAGUCUACAUCAACUUCCAUGGAGGUGGUUGGACGUUUGGUGGCCUGACCGGCGACGCAGAAAUCUGCAUGGCCAUCCGAGACCGUCUUGGUAUACUUGUCAUGGACAUAGACUACAGACUUUCACCAGAGAAUGCCUUCGGGACUGGCGCCGACGAUGCUUUGGCAGCAGUCAAAUGGGUACAUCAAAACGGCUCCGAAAUUAAUGCACAGGGUGAUUGCAUAUCGAUUGGUGGGAUAUCGGCCGGUGGUCACAUCUGCGCCACCAUACAGCAACUUGCUCGCGAUGCUGAUCUACCCCUGAGACUUGCAAUUCUCUCAGUACCCGCGGUCAUCUACGAAGGGGACUUCAGGAAACCAUCGGAUGCCCCUUUUGAAUCUUGGGUAGAGAACCAGAACGCCCCUUGUCUUAACUGGGAGCGCUCUAAAUUCUUCCAGCAGCACUAUAACCCCAAGAAUAGUGCUGAACGAGCCGAAUUUGACUCACGGCCCAUAUGUUAUAAGAGUCCCUUAUAUGGAGAGCUGCGCGGACUAUGUGAUACAUUCAUAUGUACCGCAGAGCGUGAUCCUUUGCGGGAUGAAGGGGAGUUGUACGGCUUGAAGCUUGCCCAGCUUGGUGUCCGAGUUUCCAUCAGACGAUACACCAACGUGCCCCAUCCAUUCAUGCAUAUGGCGCCAAUUAAGAAAGCCCAGAUGUAUUUAGAGGACAUUUGUAGCGAACUAGGAAGAGUGAUCAGUCCCAGAGCUGCCUCAUAG